UCAAAUCCUUCCAUAUUAUUUCCUUUAUCACAUUAUUAAGUUAUUAGAGUGUGUUGUUUAGUAGUUGGAGGAGGAAUGAGUAAGAUAAGGUUGAUGUUAUUAUCAUCAGGUUUGGUUUUCUUGGUGUUGCUGUUGAAGUGUGUUGGUGAUACUGAUAGCGAUCAUGCUGGAAACGUGAUUACGUGGGAUGAUUUCAUGGUGGAUGAAAAGGAUACAACAUCCAACGUUGGUGGUCGAGUUAUUGUGGUCGAUCAAAAUGGUAACGGAGAUUCAACCACGGUUCAAGCAGCUGUAGAUAUGGUUCCGCAAAACAACACACAGAGGGUCAAGAUAUUCAUUUAUCCUGGAAUUUAUAGAGAAAGAGUGCAUGUGCCGAAAAGCAAGCCGUUCAUUUCAUUAAUAGGUAAACCUAACAUAACUAUGAAUGCAAAUAUAGCGGCUAUAGGUAAUGGCAUUGGCAUAGUUAUUAUCACAAACAGUACAAAGGCAUCAGACAAAGACUCCAACGGCCAAGAAAUGGGCACAAUUAGUACAGCAACUGUAUGGGUACAAUCUGAUUUUUUCUGCGCAACAGCUCUUACAAUUCAGAAUUUGGUAGAUAAAGAAGCAGAUAAACGUCAAGCAGUAGCAUUGCGUGUAGACGGUGAUAAAGCUGUAUUCUAUGGAGUUAGGCUUGUGGGGGAGCAAGACACCCUCCUUGAUAACACAGGAAUCCAUUAUUUCUAUCGAAGUUACAUUCAAGGAUCUGUUGAUUUUAUAUUUGGCAAUGCUAAAUCGUUGUUUCAUGAGUGUGUUGUAUACUCUGUAGCUGAGUUUUGGGGAGCAAUUGCAGCUCAUCACAGAGACUCAGAAGAUGAAGAUACAGGCUUUUCAUUUGUUAAUUGCACAAUCAAAGGAAGUGGUAGUGUGUUUCUUGGGAGAGCAUGGGGGAACUAUGCAACAACAAUCUAUUCAAACUGUGACAUGGAUGAUGUUAUUAAUCCCUUGGGAUGGAGCGAUUGGGGUGAUUCAUCAAGACAAGGGACUGCAAUGUUUGGGGAGUAUGAGUGUUCAGGAAAAGGAUCAAACAGAAGUGAGAGGGUGGAAUGGUCAAAAGCUCUAAGCAGAGAAGAAGCUGAGCCUUUUCAGAGCAGAGACUACAUAUAUGGAGAUGGAUGGCUUAGACUAUAGAAGCCUCUUUGUUUUGUUUUUUUUUUCCAGUAAUUCUUUUUUAAAAUUUACUAAAGUAGGUAAUUUUUAAAA